AUGGAUGCCAUCCUGGGUUUCCAUGAAAUUGAUGAAAUUUUCAAAGAAGGGUUUAAAGAUCUUGCAAAGACUGCUACAGAUGAAGAAAAUAAAGCGUUUAAAGAGAACAUAAAAUUGGAUUGCAAGGCACGCAUGAUCUUGCAUCAAUGCAUUUCAGCAACGAUUUUCCAAAAGGUAUCCAAGGCUACGACAACAAAGGAAACUUGGGAAAUUCUACAGGAUGGGUAUGGAACUGCGGGCAAUAUAAAGGAGAUUAAACUACAGUCACUGAGACAACAGUAUGAGCUUCUGAACAUGGGGGAACAAGAAACGAUUCAAGGUUACAUCAGCAGAAUUCAGGUGAUUGUGAACGCAAUGCGGGCAUGCGACAAAAUCGUUAAGGACAAAAAGAUAGUUCAUAAGAUCUUGCGUACGUUGACACCCCAGUACGACCACAUUGUCGUGGCGAUUGUAGAAAGUCGAGAUUUGGAGAAGAUGAAAGUGGAGGAAUUACAAAAGUCACUUGAGGCUCACGAACAGAUACUGUUAGAAAGGAAAGCUGCAGAACAAGAUGCGACCCAGAUCAGCCAAGCAUUACAAGCCAAGAUGCAAAAGGGUUGUGGAUUCAACAGAGGUAGAGGUAGAACACGAGGUGGUCGUGGAGGCAAGAAACGGAGGAAGUUUGGUCAUUAUUCAAGUGAGUGCUGGCACAAUGAAGAUAAUAAGAAAGAAAAAGGUGGUGAGGUGAAUCUUGCGAAGGAAGAACUUACUUCAGAUUCGGACCAUGUAGUAUUGAUGAAUAUUGUUGUGGAUAAAAGACAGGACAGUAAGUGGAAAACACGUGGUGAUUCCAUGCAUUGUGCACUUGGCAGUAUCAAAGACAAGUGUCAAAGAAUUGAAAGAAAUGUGUCUCAAAAGGAACAUGUGUCAACGCUUGGAGAAAUGACCCUUGCAGAGGAACAAGUGUCAAGGAGAGCUGUCUCAAAAGAAAUAUGUGCCACAAUGCCACUAAAUGAAGAUGUGACACUAGCUGGAGUCACUAACUACACGUAG